UAUCUCUUGGUAUAUACGUAACUUAUGUACGCAAACUUAAGUAUUCAAAAAAAAAAAAAAGAAUUCAGUUCUCGAUAAUCUUGUUUAAGCUCAUACCAGAAAAGUAUUUUGUUUUCAUUCAAUCAUAUUAUUUUAUUUGCUCCUAUAAUCUCCGGCCCCGGGAAUGGUUUUGCUUUACUAAAAUUCCAUCUUUUUAUGCUGUAAACAACUGGUUCAUGGGAUUCCGAGCACCCUAGACGGGCCCUCCGAGCCGGUGACUGUGGCAUUGGAUCAAACAUUUAGAGGGCAUGCAAUCGACUUGCCAGACACUGACCCCAGAGUUCAGAGGACUGUUGAAGGGUGGAAGCCUGAGCAGAUCUCUGUUUCACUUUCUUCUACUCAUCAGUCUGUUUGGAUUUCUUGGAUCACUGUUUUUGGUGUAGUGAUAAGUGCUUGAUCCUGAUGUGCUGGGGAAUUGUUGGAUGGAGGAGGGCCAAGUCCAACACCGGUGGCUAGAGAUUGUUGGGCAGAGGCGUGAACAUCCCGCUUCUCGAAAAUGUGGCGACUAAAUAUAAGGAAAUAAAGUUGAGCGUUCACUAAGUGCUUGAUACUAACAAGUACCAUGUUGGCUUCAGACUUCAAUCAUAUCCCAACAAUGUUGUCUGUUCUCAAUGAAUCAUAUUAGGUUAGCUUUGGAAAAUGAGGUCUGUAAUCAACAAAGGUGUUGAAAUGUGUGGCAUUUUGUUUGCAGGGGAAUUUCAAAUUGGUGAUGACAUCAAACCAUAUGAUCCAAGUACUGUUGCAAGUGUUGUUCAAUAUGGGAAAGUUAAAAGCAAAUUGGAUUGCAGUGCAAUAGGUCAAUCCCUUAUUUACAGCCAACUUUAUCCCUUUGUUGGCCUUCAGAACUACACCUCUGGAAUUAUACACCAUGUCCAACUCACAGCAUUGGAACCAGACACAUUAUACUAUUAUCGGUGUGGAGAUCCUUCAUUAAGGGCAAUGAGUAAAAUCUAUCAUUUCAAGACUAUGCCGAUUUCUAGUCCCAAGAGCUAUCCGAAAAGAAUAGCUCUUGUAGGAGACCUCGGUCUUACAUACAAUACCACUUCAACUAUUAGCCACUUGAGGAGCAACGACCCUGAUCUUGUCAUACUGGUUGGAGAUGUCACCUAUGCUAACUUGUAUCUGACUAAUGGAACUGGUUCGGAUUGCUAUUCUUGCUCAUUUGCAGAUACUCCCAUACACGAGACAUACCAGCCACGCUGGGAUUAUUGGGGAAGAUAUAUGCAGCCUCUGGUGUCUAAAGUUCCAAUCAUGGUAGUGGAAGGAAACCACGAGAUUGAAGAACAGGUGGAGAACAAAACAUUUGCUGCUUAUAGUUCUCGCUUUGCCUUCCCCUCCAAAGAAAGUGGAUCUUCAUCCCCGUUCUAUUAUUCCUUUAAUGCCGGAGGCAUACAUUUUAUAAUGCUUGGUGGUUAUGUUGAUUAUAAUAAAACAUCUGAUCAAUACAAGUGGUUGGAGAGAGAUCUGGCUAAUGUUGACCGGAAAGUUACGCCUUGGCUUGUUGCCACAUGGCAUCCGCCUUGGUACUCUUCUUACGUUGCACAUUACCGAGAAGCUGAAUGUAUGAAGGUAGCAAUGGAAGAGCUGUUGUACAAAGCCGGUGUUGAUUUAGUCUUUAAUGGACAUGUUCAUGCAUAUGAAAGAUCAAACAGAGUAUUUAACUACACAUUAGAUCCUUGUGGACCUGUUUACAUAACAAUUGGCGAUGGUGGCAACAGAGAAAAGAUGGCGAUUUCACAUGCUGAUGAGCCUGGUAAUUGUCCGGAACCAUCUAGUACACCGGACGAAUUUAUGGGUGGAUUUUGCGCCUAUAACUUCACAUCAGGUCCAGCAGCUGGUAAGUUCUGCUGGGAUCGACAGCCUGAAUAUAGUGCCUUCAGAGAAAGCAGCUUUGGCCAUGGAAUAUUAGAGGUGAAGAACGAGACACACGCUCUUUGGACAUGGCAUCGGAAUCAAGAUAUGUAUAAUGAAACUGGUGAUCAGAUUUACAUCGUGAGACAACCCGAAAAAUGUUUGGUUGAACCAAAGAGAAAUGAAUCAUUGAGGCAUCAUCAAUGGAGCAGAUGGAGUAUCCUGGCAAGUUAUACAAAGAAGAUGCAAAUGUAGUAUAGAAAUUAAAGUUUGUAAAAGCCCAUCCCUUCAAUAUAUAAACCUCAAAUAUGCAACAUUUCUUAUGACAUGAUAUGAUUAUUAAUUCACAGUGAAGUAAUUGCACCA